CGAUCUAUUCUGGUACACGUUACAUUAAAAGCCCCUUAAACAAACCAUCCCUGAGCGGUCGUCUCCCUCUAGCUUCCGAGUGCUCGCCGGCCGGGGUCGCAGCGCGCGGCUGAUCGAGCGGCGAGAUGGCGGGGCAGUCGGACGCCAUGAUCGAGAAGAUGCAGCUGCGGCAGAGCUACCGCAACGUCUGGCACACCGACCUCACCAACGCCGUCGUCGCGGACCUCCCGUGGUGCUGCCUGUCACUGUGGUGCGGCCCAUGCGUGUCCUACAUGCUGCGCAGACGUGCGCUCUACAAUGACAUGUCAAGAUACGUGUGCUGCGCCGGGUACAUGCCGUGCAGCGGCAGGUGCGGUGAGAGCCAGUGCCCGGAAGUCUGCCUCGCUACCGAGGUGUUCUGCUGCUUCGGCAACUCGGUGGCCUCGACCCGGUUCCUGCUGCAGGACGAGUUCAACAUCCAGACGACACAGUGCGACAACUGCAUCAUCGCCUUCAUGUUCUUCCUGCAGCAGCUCGCCUGCAUCUGCUCCCUCGUCGCCUGCAUCGUCGGCAACAGCGAGCUCUCGGAGGUCGCGAACAUCAUCUCCUGCAUGUCUAACUUGGUCUACUGGACGGUUUGCUCGUGUAUGCAGACGCAGCACAAGGUCGAGAUGGACAAGAGGGACGGCACGCUGGAUACCAUGUCUGUGCCUCCAAUGCAGCAGAUGUCACGUUGGUAAACUUGCGAGUACGAUGCCGCGAUUCCAUCAGCCGAAGUCGGAUAUGGAUAUAGGUAGCACGUAGUCAUCUUUGUUAAGGCUCUGAACCAUCUGGUUACAACGAGGAUUCGUUUUUCAGGGGAAAAAAAGGGGAGAGUAUAGACUAUAGCUACAUAGAUAUGGACACUGUCUCCUGCAGUGUUUGGGUGAUUUUCUUGUUUAAGUGAGCUCCGAGUUGUGAUUUUCUGAACAUUGAUCCUCUUCGUUCUGUUUCUGAGACAUACAAUGCUCCAUAGCAACAAGAUGAGGCAAUGAGAGCACAUAAGCAUUUCUCCACAAUAAAAUUGCUUGCUUGUUCAGUGUUCA